AUGCUUCUAAAACUCAAGUGCGCUGUGAACAACUACGCGUGGGGCUCCAAGGGAGAUGCGAGCAUGGCCGGAAGCCUGGCCCUCGACGGCGGUCAUAUUAGUGACCUGGACAAGGAGAAACCGUACGCCGAAGUGAGUGCGAUGACUUCCGUUCUAAAUAUAGCGCCCUCAGUGAUUUCUGACCUUAUGUCGUGACUUUCGAAGAUUGCGCGAAUCACCUGACUAGGGCGACCUACAUCACACCCAAAACACGUUAUCUUUCAUCAUCUCUUGUCUGUUCCAGUUCUGGGUCGGGACUCAUUCGAACGGACCGGCAUACGUCAUCGAGAAAGCCACUGCUCUCAAGCAACUGCUCGCCACGACAUCUGGUCUCCAGGGGAAGCAUGAAAACGGUAUUGGACUUCCAAAUCACAUCAAUCUAUUGAAACUGUUUACAGGGAACCUCUCGUAUCUGUUCAAAGUGCUCUCGGUCAGCGGUCCCCUCUCGAUUCAGAUCCAUCCGACGAAAGCGCAGGGCAAGUUGCUCCACGCAAAGGAUCCGAAGAAUUACCCGGAUGACAAUCAUAAACCGGAGAUUGCCAUCGCAUUGACUGAUUUCGAACUGCUCUCCGGGUUUCGGCAACAUUCACAAAUCAGCGAUUAUCUGAAGUGUGAGUGAAAACUGAAGUAGUAUUGACGGAAAUGUUUAGAAAUGCACCCUUGCAGUGUACUCGGAAAUUCAAGACCUCCUUUCCGAGGAGGAGAAAAGCGAAAUUGACAACUUAGGGUCGUACGGAGAUAGCUCUGCUCAGGCUCUCAAGAAGAUAUUCUCGAGAAUUUGGCGCACGCCGAAAGAGCAACUUCAGGCUGCUGUUGAUAAACUGGCGAGACGGAUUCAAGGGCAAGGUAUUGUAUACAAACGAAUUGGCCUGCAUGACCAAUUCCUAUUUCCAGAGAACAAAUCAGCUCUAGAUGAAAUCAUCGUGUACUUGUUUAAUCUGUACCCGGGAGACGUUGGAGUCUUCGCUCCGAUCUUCUUGAAUUACUUCAAACUGCAGCCGGGAGAGGCCACAUUCCUGGAGCCGAAUAUGCCGCACGCCUAUCUAAAGGGAGACUGCGUCGAGUGCAUGGCCGACAGCGACAAUACUAUUCGUGCCGGUCUCACUCCGAAGUAUAUCGACGUGGAAUCGCUUGUGGAAAUGCUCAAUUACAACGAGACAUUGCUUCCGAAGUAUGUGCCGAAUGAGUUGGACGAUGGAACACUUCUGUUCACUCCGAAAGGAAUAGAUGAAUUCUGGGUGCAGGAAGUGAAAGGACCUGCUGGACGAAUUUUCCAGCUCCCAUAUUCCGAAUCCUGCUCCGUUCUCACCGUGCUCUAUGGCUCUGCUAUCAUCUCGCUGGCGGAGAGCGAACAAUCUCUAAGCCGAGGAGAAGUAGUUUUCAUUGGAGCUGCUCAUUCGACAGACCGCCCGAAAAUCCACGUGUCCGACGACUUCCUCGCAUUCCGCGCUUUCACGCCUUCUCCAAGAGCACUUGAAGGUCUUGCGAAUAAGAAUUUGAUAAUUGAUUGA